AUGUCAAGAAGACACCAGAAGGAAGUAGAAAGGAAACUACUCGAUAUUGUCAAUGAGAGAGGCAAUGACAAUAAAUGUGGUGAAUGUGGUGCGAAAUAUCCAACAUGGGCAUCGUACAAUUUGGGUUUAUUCUUAUGCGGUAGAUGUGCAUCAGUCCACAAGAGAUUAUUGAGUCCACCACAUAAUGACAUCUCCCGCGUGAAGUCUCUAACUUUGGACAACUGGAACGAUGACCAGGUGCGUCGUUUGGGCAAGGUUGGCAAUCAAAAAGCACGAAGAAAGUGGAAUAGCAAAAAAGUCCCCUUCCCAUUCGAUGGAGAUGACGAUGUUUCAAUUGUUGAACAAUAUAUUACGGAUAAAUAUAUACUACGCAAGUUCCGCGACGAUAGUAACUUGGAUGGAUCAAUACUGGACUAUGAAGAUAGCAGAUUGAGCAAGCAUGGCACCAACGAUAAUGAUAGGUAUUCAAGUUCAAGUAAUCGCAGGCUGAGAUCUAAUAGUGCGUAUAGCGUUUAUCAAAUACCAAAAUUAACCCAUAGGAGAUUGACAACGUUUGAGUAUGCUCAGUAUCCUAUACAAGCUAGCAGGAUACGCGGGUUUGGAUAUACAGACAGGGACGCAGUUUUGGAGAGUUUGUUGCUAUCUAAUGGUAACAUCGAUAAGGCUUUGGAUAUUUUGGAUCACGAUAAUCAGACAAACCCUUCAAAGCAGGAAACCGCUCCAAACUUACCUAACAGACCACGUCCUAAAGCAGAACCUACUGAACCUACUGCUAGUGCUCCCAUAUCUUCGACAUCGGACUGGUGGAGUACCAAUACGGGCUCAAAUCCAGCUUCAACAAGUAUUUCUGUAAUGUCAACCGGAAUGGGAGUGGUAAUGGCACAGCCGCAAAUAUAUCAGUAUACAGAUCCAAUUACUGGACAAGUAUCCUAUAUUGAUUCAAACGGACAAGAGUAUCUAGACACAAAUAACCCGAGUCACCAAAAAGAGCUUUUGAACACAACAAAUCCUCAGCUCAUUGCACAGCAGACAAACAAGCAAAAUAUAUUAUCCUUGUACAAUAAUCCUACUGGUCAGCAGCAACAACAACAACAACAACAACAACAACAACCUGGUUUCGUGCCACAAGCGACACAAUUUACAGGGUUUGCACAGCAACCACAACAGUUUAAUGGAUUUGCUCAACCUCAGCAAACAGGAUAUUAUGGACAACCACAAGGCUUUUGGCGUCAAUAA